AUGGAUGAUGCCUAUCUGAAGCAUUUGCUUAAACACGGCCUUAGCGACAGCCAGAUAGGCAGGCGCGAGGUGGCGGAAACGAGAAUACACAAAAGGACCGGUGGAGUAAAUGUGAUGAACAACAUCGUGUGGCUCGGUAGUAGCGCGGAAGAUGGGACAGGUGAAGCCAUGGUACUGCGCAAGGAGCUGCCGAAAUUGACAAUAAGGUUCAGAGUCAAGGAUGGCAAGUUGUCGAGAACUCUUAUCGAAGUAGAAAACUCGGAGAGGCAGCUUGGUGGUCUGGUCGCGUAG